CAGCCUUGGCAAAAUCUACUAUAACCUGUCAUUACUCCGUUUCGUUCGUUCAUUUAAACAUCCAAAAAAGAAGAAAGAAAUUGCUCAUUCGUUUCCCACAGUUUUCCAUCGGCAAUCGAAAGUCAAUGUCGACACGAAACGAUCACUAAUCUUGUGUGUAAUAUUAAUUGAAUGUCAUUUCAUCCGUUUUAAAUUAAUCAACAAUAACAAUGAAGCGCCGCGCAAAGGAUGCAUUGAACGGUCCACCAAGAAAGAUGUCCUCAAUGCCUACCGAAAAUUUCGACUUUUUAGAGUUGUCCAUUUGUCUCACUAAAGUCGAAGUCGAAGAGAAUGAUGUCCCGCAGUCAACCAUCGACGAAACCACUGAACUACCCGAUUUUAGCAGGCCAGUUACAAUGAAAACUUUCGAACAAAUUUUGUCAAGCCGAGGACCAUGCGUGACAAAUGUCCGAAUUGUGAGUGGAAAUCCUGUUCUUCUGCCAUGUGUCGCAAAACAUUGCAAGAACGUGGACCGCAUAGAAUUGCUGGAAGGUGAAGGAUCAGAUUCGUUGGAACUUUUUCGAAAUUUGACAGAAAUGAAGGUCCCUCAUGUUCGGAUGGCGACGCAUGUAUUCGAGAAGUGUCUCACGAACAACCCAAAUCUGGAGGGUCUGGAAUUCGAUCACUUUUGGUAUCGAGAAGACAUCACGAAUCUGUCGGAAUUGUUCCCGAGAUUAAGGUACUUACGCCUCAUUGAGAUGGCGAUGGGAGAAGAUGGUAGUGCACAAGAACCCAAAAGAGGAAAAUCGAAAAAACCAUGUUCAACACCGUUUGAUUACACUGUCGUUCUGGAUUUACUGCAGUCCGACACGUUGACCCAUUUUUCGUUCGAAAGUGAGAAAACUUGUAACCAACUGAUACAACUACUGGCGUCGCAUAAGCGUAACUUGGAAAAGCUUUCCUUCACAAUGAAUGUGAACAAGCAAACCUUCGCAGACAUCGGUAGAUUGAAAAACUUAAAAUUUUUGGCCAUCGCUAACGGUAAAGGUGUGCGAAAGAUUGGAAGCGAUGUCCCCAAAUGGCCACCAAAAUUGGCUUGUUUAACGCUUAAUAAUAUCGUCAUAUCGGACACCGAACUACUAUCGAUUGUAGAACACCUGCCAUUGCUUGAAGAAUUGUACAUUGGUACGACAAGCGCUCGACUACAUCCGUGGCUUCGUGACAUGAAGAUCUUUUCCGGUAUUGAGAAGAUCGUUGGAAAGGGCAGUCGGACUUUGAAAAUAUUUUUCUCCGAUGCAAGCGACAAAAAUCCGUACAAAUACAAAUCCGCUAAUCUGGAGAUUAUCAAUGAAUGCGCAGUUAAAACGACAGUGAAACCUUUACAUAUCAUGAUAUCGUCGUAGGGUGAC